AUGGAUCUCUAUCUACCUUUCAUCGGCGGUGACAAGGACGGCGACUGCGGUCCACAGAAGCCUAUGGUCGAGCUGCAGUGGUACCACGUCGCCAUCGCCUCUGUCCUCAUUCUCGUCAACGGUGCGCUUUCGUUUGCUUUGGGACUUGGACUUGAGAAGCGGUUGUUCAUCAGCGCUACUCGUUGUGUUGUCCAAUUGACUAUCAUGGGUACGGUGCUGCAAACCAUCUUUGAUGCCAAGAACCCAGUCUUUGUGCUUCUCAUGGCCUUGUUGUUGAUUACAUUGGGAACCAACGAGGCGGUGUUCAAUGUUAGCAAGCGUCGGCACAUCUACAUGUUCCCGUCGGUGUUGGUGUCGAUGGGAUGCAGUUGUUUGAUUAUCGGAACCUUUGGAACGAGACUGGCGAUGGGGGUCGAUCCGUUGCACUCGCCCAAGGAGUUCAUCCCUGCGCUUGGAAUGCUGCUCGGCAACACGAUGACCGCGAUUUCGUUGGGCCUGGACCAGUGCCUUAGUCAAUUGAGCGAGAACAAAGAAAGAAUCGAGUUGUACCUGUCAAUGGGUGCUACUCGCUGGGAGGCCUGUCGUCCCGUUGCGAUUGAGGCCAUGCGACGCGCCAUGCUCCCCACCAUCAACCAAAUGAGCAUUAUUGGAUUGAUUUCGAUUCCGGGAAUGAUGACGGGUCAGCUUAUCGCAGGAGCAUCGGUCAUGAAUGCGGCCAAGUCCCAGAUCAUUAUCAUGUUCCUCAUCUCAGGCGCUGCUGCCUUUGGCACACUUUCGUCCGUCUUGAUCUGCUUGAGGGUAUGCUUCGACUCAUCAGACAGACUGCGCCCAGAGAGAAUCAUCAAGACCCAAUCCAUCAUUCCCAAAUCCGUACGCGAUUUUGGACAGCGAGCAUCAACGACUCUGAGUAACGUGCUCUGUUGCUGCUGCCCUGGUUCUCGAAGCAACAAGGGCACCCCUUCGCAGUCUCCUUCACAGACCCCUCCCGCUUCGCCUCCUCGAUCGCAGACGCAGUCGCCGUCGCAUGAAGCUCGUCGUGCUAAUGGCAGUGGAGCCCAGAAGCAAAAUAAGCAGGGUGAGAAUGGAGGAGAGGCUGAGCCUACCGAGACGACUCCUCUUGUACGCUCUCGCUAG